AUGUACGUUAAACCCCGUGACCUCGUUGAGCAGCCGGCGCCAGUUCCUCCGUUGCGAGUCAGUCUGGUGUGGACGUUCGGCGCGAUGGCUCUUCAGAAGGGAACCCUCAAGCUGGUGGCUCUCGUGGUCGUCCUGUGUUUGAUAGUGUUGGGUUUCAUAAUCGGCGGUAUUAUCAUAGGGCUAUCAACCGGCUACCGCUACCCAGAGCUGGAAGUAUGGCCAAGAUCGGAAGAAUACAACUACGAGCAGCCUCUCAUCCAGUUCAGAGCCAGCGACCCAGGCAGCUGGCAUCCUUGGUUUAAAAGAAUCAAUGACUUCCUCUUGGCUUACGAGACGACAGUCCCCGAGGACCCCCCUCGUGCUCCAUGCUCCGUGCGGCGUCACGACCAGCGCGUGGUGGCGGCUGCCUGCGAGCGGGUCCUCGGCAUGUGGGCUCCUUGUAACGCUGAUAACUUCUAUGGCUACGCUGUCGGCAAACCUUGUGUCUUCCUUCGGUUAAAUAACCUUCACUACUGGGUUCCGGAGCCGUACAACAUCUCAAAGCCUAUGAGCAUCCCUCAAGAAAUGCCUAACAACAUUAAACAGGCCAUGCGGCAACGUCCUGCGAAUCAUUUCGGUGAUUACAUUUGGGUCUCGUGUAACGGCGAGUUCAGUUCGGACGAGGAGAACAUCGGUCCCAUCCAGUACAUCCCCGGGAACCUGCCCCCCGGUUUCCCGACCAAACGUCUUCAAACCGCCGACCGUAUCCCAAGAAUCGCCCAAGACCGCCCCGACCAGUCGCCUGGGCCGUUGGUGGCUGUCUUCUUCGAAAAUCCACGCCGAGGAGUGAUCAUCAACGUGGAGUGUCGUAUCUGGACGCGGGAUAUCAUCUACGACCGCUCCAGCCGGUACGGUCGCGUGCGUUUUGAGUUGCAAGUUGAUUAA